AUGGGAAAAGCAAAAAAGACAAGAAAGUUUGCUCAAGUGAAAAGAACUCUGAAGUCUACCGACCAAAGGUUGAAAAAUAGCGUUCAGAAACCAAGGGACCCUAAAGAUGAUCCUGAACUGGUAAGAUCAGUUCCACAAGUCUCAUCGGCUCUUUUUUUCCAGUAUAACCAAGCUAUCAAACCUCCGUACCAGGUUCUCAUAGAUACCAAUUUCAUCAACUUUAGCAUUCAAAAGAAAAUCGAUAUAGUCCGCGGGAUGAUGGACACACUAUAUGCUAAAUGCGUUCCUUUGAUUACAGAUUGUGUUGUUGCCGAAUUGGAGAAAUUGGGUCCAAAGUACAGAAUUGCCUUGAAACUAGCCAAGGAUCCCAGGAUCAAAAGACUAUCCUGCUCCCAUAGGGGAACAUAUGCCGAUGAUUGCUUGGUUCAUCGAGUCAUACAACAUAAGUGUUUCAUCGUCGCAACAAACGAUGCGGAUCUGAAGAGAAGAGUAAGAAAAGUCCCUGGUAUUCCGAUUAUGAGCGUAGGAGGCCAUAAAUAUGAGAUAGAAAGAUUGCCAGAAGUGUUUUAA